UAGCGGAAGUGAUUUCACGUCCGGCCUGGCUGUUGUGUUUGGAAGGGGAGAGGGGUGGAGGGAGAAGAACCCGAAUAAAGAGUGGGGGGGGGCACGAGGCGGCCGUGGCGGAAGAGACCAGCUCGGAGCCCCAGCGCGCACCCUCUGCCGUCCCGCUUUCAACAGCAGAGAAACACUGGAAUUACUGUACUGAAUUACAUCUGUGAACCGUCCAGUCCAGUGAUCAGCACCAGAUGCUUUGGAGGCUUCAAGUCAAAGGCUCAGCCAUGAAAGAUCCAAGUCGCAGCAGUACUAGCCCAAGCAUCAUCAACGAAGAUGUGAUUAUUAAUGGUCACUCUCAUGAAGAUGACAAUCCGUUUGCUGAGUAUAUGUGGAUGGAAAACGAAGAGGAAUUUAACAGGCAGAUUGAAGAGGAGUUAUGGGAAGAAGAAUUUAUUGAGCGUUGUUUCCAGGAAAUGCUGGAAGAGGAGGAAGAACAUGAGUGGUUUAUUCCCGCUCGAGACCUCCCACAAACAAUGGAUCAAAUCCAGGACCAGUUUAAUGACCUCGUUAUCAGUGACAGCUCAUCACUGGAGGAUCUGGUGGUCAAGAGUAAUCUGAAUCCAAACGCAAAGGAGUUUGUUCCUGGGGUGAAGUACUAAAUAUGAGUAGACUGGGCCCUCUUUUGGUGGAUGUAGCACAAUUUCCACACUGUGAAGCCAGUAUUAGAAGAUUUAAUUGUAAAAGCUCUCUUCUUGUCACUGUGUUACACUUAUGCAUUGCCAAAGUUUUGUUAGUCUUGCAUGCUUAAUAAAAGUGCUGAGACUGUUAUUAAGUAAAAAGCUGUCAAAAGUUUAAUGAAAACAUAAUUGGACCCUGGCUUUCUGUGAAGGAGACAGUGAGGUAAGAAGCACCAGUCAAGUUGAGACAAAGUACCAAAUUUAUGAAAACCUCUUGCAGACUCUGUUUUUUAACAGGAUUUAGGAUUUAACUAAGGAUGGUCUGUUACUAAAACAUGUCAACUGGUGUUAAUUUGCACCUGAUAAUGCCUUAACUUCAAAAUAAAAGGAAGGUUAUCGGAUCAUUAUGCAAAUUAGCUAACUUUCCGUUUCAGUAUUUUUACUAAUGUUAAUUUUUUUCCUUAUAAAAAAACUUUACUUCAUGCUCUUCUUUUUGAGAAGUGUGAAUGAUCAUACCAGACUUCUACAGACCUGUGCAGAGUCCUAGAUCUCAGCUACUGAACUAACAAACAAGCCGUUGGAAGAAAUGUCCUGUAUUUACAGUAUAUCGUGUUACAAAUGUCUUUGUUUCACUUCCUAAUUACAUUUAAGGAGAUGUUUCAUCACAAUUUCUUCCAAGAACUUGGCUACAUAGCACACUGUCUGUGUAACUUCUAGCAUACAACCUUAAUCGAGCUGGAUUUAACCAAGAAAACUUUAGCGUUAGUGAUUUGAGUGGUGCUUUUCCCUUGCUUUGUUUAAUCAUCACUACACAAUAGUCUACAGCACAACAACUUUUUUCUUUUAAUAAAGCUAGAACAGUUUUGGCUUCUUAAACUUCAUAUUUGGGUAGGUUAAGCUGCCAUACGUGUUCAGUGUGAAUAGUGUUUAAGUUGAAAAUAUUGUAAAAAAAUUAUAUUUUUUCAAAAAUAUUUAAAAAAAUAAAUAAUAGUAGAAAUGA